ACAACAACAACAAUAGCAACAGCAAUCGCACUCAAAAUGAAUUUAGUCACCACUUUCACUAACAAUGAUUCGCUUCAUUUCCACCAGAUUUCCCAUUUAUUUGCACACUCCCCCACGGCAGCUACAUACGUCCAAGCGCAACUAAACGGCAUCAAUUUUACUGCAGAUAACCAAAAUGUUGCCGCCAACGUCAACGACGUCAACAACAUUACCGCCUCUGCUAAUAACAGCACCGUCAACGCCAAUAUCAACACCAUUUCAAAUACCAAUAUCAACUUAAACGCCACCAUCGCCAGCCAAACAACAAGCAACACUAACAUUGUCGAUAGCGGCAACGGUGCGGCUGGUGUACCGGUCGUCACCUACAAUGGCAAUCAGUAUUGUGUAAUCACUCGCAAUGAUGCAGGCGCCGCAGAGAAAUCGGAAUUGCUACAAAUUCAUGGCCAAUUUACCACCGACAAGGAGGGCAAAACGAAUAUCAUUCUGAUGUCGCCGGUGUCGACGAUGCCUGUUACGAUGCCGAUGCAAAUGCAGAUGCACGUGCCAAUGCAAGUGGAGGUUCAAAAUCCAAAUUGAAUACGAAAUGGGUGGCACCACAGCCGGCUGUAUGCGGUGUAAGGCAUUGAGCCGAAAUGGCUUAACAGGAAUGGAAGUAGUGCAUUUGUUGGCGGUAAUUGUAGGAAGCCAGAAGGCAGCGUGGAAAAACAGCCAAGGCGGGACAGUCGGGCAGCCUGACAGCCAGGAAGGCAGAGUGAUUGUAAACGAGUAAUCGAAAUCAACAAAUCAAAUGGUUUUCCAAAUUUUUACUUUUUAGCUUAAGUGGAAAGCAUUAAAUUAGAGUGGAAAGUAGUAUAAGAAACAAGUUAAGAGGUGUGUAUCGAGCAUGUAAAUAUUAUACCCAACGCAUACAAGAGCGAUAUGAUUGCAUAUUUAAACCCAAUGGAGGCUAUAGGAAUGUUGAGCGCCCGAAAACACAUAAAUGUUGUAAAUUAUUCACCGCUAUUUAAACGAUUAUAUCGAAGAUCGAUUAACCGGCGAUUCAAAGUUAAAUUUUUUAAAUUUUUUUUUAAGAGUAGAUACAGGAAUAGAUUUAAAUCAGUUAUCGCCCUAAAUAUACAUUUUAUAAAAAUAUGCGUAAAAAAUGGUUUAGAAAUUUGGGAAAUAGAUAUUCAGAUGUGUUUCGAGUUUUUUUUCUGAAAUUUUUUUGGGGAUUUUAUUUUUAUUUGCAGGGUUUUCCUGGACCUUUCAGGGUUCAUUCAGGACUUUUCAUGUUUUAUUUUGGGCUGAAUAUUCCUGAAAAGCACCGAAAUAAUAGUCCCUCGAACCGAGAAUUAAAAAAAAAACACAAAACCGUCUCUAGAAAACCGAAGAUCAACGAAUCAUCAUCACAAAUAGAAAAAAGCAGAAAUUUCCGUUUAUUUUCUGCUUAAAAAAUAUCAGACCACGUUCCAAAAUAUACAUAGGAAUUAUAUUCGUUAUUUCAUUCGCGAAAUAAAAGAAGUCAGAGUUUUAAAAUGGAAAAAUGGAAAACAUAGGCACAUUUUUCGCCAUGCGCCAUGAUUUCAAAAUCUAUACUUUAUAUUAUUUUUUAUAUUGAAGUGAUAAAUACCAAUAUAAAUCUGUUAUGAAAACAGUUUGCACUCAAAAUUGUUCCUCCAAUAGGUGUACAAAGUUCCUUUUCCUGCAUCCGAUUAACACCCAAAAAAAGCGAACACUCCACGGAAAUCAGUGGCAAUCUGCCUAGUGUUUUUCAGCCAAGAAAAAAACCUCCGACACUGGGUCUAACGUCCUCACCCGCAGUGAAAUAUAUUGAACAAAAGCCAGCCGGCUGGAAA